AUGGCCCCGCCUAAAAAAAUGUCCUUACAGGAGUUUUUCGAAGAUGAAUCCUUUGGUGGAUCUUGGGCAGACGCAGAUGUUGACAUGGCGUCAAUUUCUGUUCCAAUUGAAAAAGGAUCAUUUCACGAUGGAGAUGGAUUCAAUCAACAUCAUUUAGGAGACCCAGUUAUUUCAGGACCUCCCUAUAUUAUUAAAUUAUUAAACUUACCCGUCACAGCUAAUGAUUCAUUUGUCCAAGACUUGUUUCAAAGCAGAUUUACCCCAUAUGUCAAAUUUAAAAUUGUAACAGACCCCGCAUCAAAUAUUUUGGAGACUCAUGUCAUUAGACAAGUGGCUUUUGUGGAAUUGGAAUCGGCCAGUGAUAUGUCAAAAGCUUUAAAAUGGCAUGAUUUGUAUUAUAAGGCAAAUAGAAGAGUAACUGUUGAAGUGGCAGAUUUUAAUGAUUUUCAAAAUUGUAUUAAAUUCAAUCAAGAACAUGAACGUGAAAUUAUGCAAAUCCAACAAGAAUUCAUUGCUCAGAAACAACAACAACGGCAACCCAGACAUAUGGCUCUUUUAGAUGAAUUUGAAAGAAACCAGCGCGGUCCUGGAUCACCCUUGCAUCAAAACCAUGAUCACCACAAUCCCCACCCACAACAACAACAACAACACCAUCAUUUCAAUCCUAAUUUAAACAGACCUUCAGGUAGAUCAAGUCUUCCAAUAGAUGAAACGUCUCAUUCAAGAAGACUUUCUUUUGAAGCUCAAUUACAUCCUCAUCAACAGACCCAUGGACAGCGUAUUAGACAACCAUCUUUUGACAAUGCAUUCCCAGACACUCCUCAUCCACCAUUUGGUGGUGGUGGUGGUAUGCGUCAACAAAUCCAUCCUACAAACCAACCAGCAGUUCCAAGUAGUGCUCCUGCGCUGAAACCUUUUGUAACACCAAUUUCGUCAGCCAGUACUUCUUCUAGACCCAAAUCAAAUCCAUUUGGAGCUGCGAAACCCGUUGAUACUUUAUCUAAACAACAAGAGAUUGAGAAGAAACUAAUCAAUUUGAAUAAAACUACAGUACAGACUUUAGGAGAUGUAGAAACCCCUGAAGAAGUUCAAGCAACUAUUAAAAAAUUUCAUGAAAAUGGUUCACCAAAAUUGAGAAGAGCUUCGGUAGGUACACCAAGAAGAUUAUCAUCAGAAAAGAGACCAUCAGUAUCAAUUUUAAGAAGAGAUUUACCAGAGAGACAACAACCACCACCACCACCUCAACAACAACAACAACAGCAACCUCCACAACAACAAGAUCAGAACACAAAGCAAACUGCAUUACAUCAACCAGAUCAACUACAAAAUCAUUCAUCAAAUAUUUCUCUGACCCAACCUUCUGGAGAAUCACCUUUGGCAGAAACUCAAUCGUUAUCAACUAACCCUUAUACUUCUAAUGGAACAGGUAAAUCUUUAGCACAAUUGUUAAGUGAACAAUCAGAUAUUAUGUCCGCUCCACCUAUAACUGGUAAGAAAACACCCAGAAGUAAUAGUAAUACUAAAAAACCAGUAGUGGCUGCUAAACCUGUUAUUUUGAAGAAGAAAACACCUACAUCACCACCAGUUCAAAGAAUUGAUUUAACAAUUAAAGAAAGUGAAUAUUUGAAGAAACAGGACGAAACUGAUGAUUUGAUUGAUGCAAAUGUUGAAACCAAAUUGGAAAAAUUGGAUUUGAAUAGUGAGACAUUACUGGAAAAUGGAACUAAAGAAUCAACAAAGACAAGAAUUGAUAAUCCUAAACGAGAAAAUGAUCAACAUGAUGAUCGUCCAAACUUUAAAAAUUUGGAUCAAUUAGUUCAGAAAAGAAAUGAUAGUCGAGCAUCAUCUUCUUCUUCAAAUAGUAGAAGAUUUGAAUUUAUUCGAGGAUUAAAAGAAGAAAAUGAAAGAGUCCCAUCCCCAUCCUCCUCCUCUUCUUCUUCUUCUGCCACCAAGACUUCCCAGAACAAUUUUGAAAAAUCACUGGAAUCAGCAAUUUCAAGAACUGAUGAUCAGCAAGAUUUGUCUUCUACUAACACUGGGUCAGAAGGUAGAAUGUGGGAAAGAGGAAGAGGUAGAGGUAGAGGUGGUUUCAGUUUCAGAAGCAGAGGUGGUUUCAGAGGUAGAGGAGCUGGGUUUAGAGGUAGUGGUAGAGGUGGCCCAAGAAGAAGAGGGGGCAAUGGUGCUAGUGGUGCUGGUGGUACUGCUAGUGGUAGUACCGGCAGUGCCAAUUAUAACCUUCAUUAUGUAAGAUCAAAACCAACUCCCGUUGAAACCAAUGAGUAA